ACGGCCGCAGCCCCGGAACCGGAGCCCCGCGGACCCGACACUCUCGAGUGGGCGGCGGCGCCUUGGAUUCGCAGCGUCCCGGGACCGCGCCGCUGUCCCCUCUCGGGAUCCUCCGGCCGCGGCCGAUCGGGGCACUAUGAGCGAAGAGGAGCAGUUUGUAAACAUUGAUUUGAAUGAUGACAACGUUUGCAGUGUUUGUAAACUGGGAACAGACAAAGAAACACUCUCCUUCUGUCACAUUUGUUUUGAGCUAAAUCUUGAGGGAGUACCGAAAUCUAAUCUUUUACACACCAAAUCAUUGAGAGGCCACAAAGACUGCUUUGCAAAAUACCAUUUAAUUGCAAACCAGGAUUGUUCUCGAUCCAAGCUUUCCAAAAGUACUUAUGAAGAAGUUAAGACCAUUUUGAGUAAGAAGAUAAACUGGAUUGUACAGUAUGCACAAAAUAAAGAUCUGGAUUCAGAUUCUGAAUGCUCUAAAAAUCCCCAGCAUCACCUUUUUAAUUUCAGGCAUAAGCCAGAUAAGAAAUUACUCCCACAGUUUGAUUCUCAAGUGCCAAAAUAUUCUGCAAAAUGGAUAGAUGGAGGUACAGGUGGCAUCGCAAACUGUACACAGAGAAUUUUGGAGCAAAGGGAAAAUACAGACUUCAGGCUUGCUAUCCUACAAGAUUCAGAUGCACUGUGGCCUCACAGUCAUGACCAGGCACAAAAAAAAGAAGAUCUGAGCUCUAGUCAAGAGGCGAAUGUCCAGUCCCAGAGUCUGCGUUACAGCAGGGAGGAAUUGAAUUCAAUGACUCUUGGUGAAGUAGAACAGCUGAACAUAAAGCUCCGCCAGCAGAUUCAAGAAGUAUUUGAAGAGUUAACACACCAAGUCCAAGAAAAGGACUCUUUGGCCUCAGAGCUCCACGUCCGGCAUGUUGCCAUCGAGCAGCUUCUGAAGAACUAUUCCAAGUUGCCAUGCCUGCAAGUGGGACGGGCCGGAACGAGGUCACACCUGCCCAUGAACAACUGAGCUACAGCUUAGUUCAAAUGCUGUACCUUUUAUUGGUCUGCUAAGCAUGUGUACUUUGAAAAUGUUUGAAGAAAGUUAUGAUCUACUUUUUAUGGUCACUGUAUUUGCAAAGCAUAAGAAAAUAUUUAAUAUCUUUGUCUAAUAAAGCAGAUCACUCAAGUCUAGGGUUAAUCAUUUGGCUUCAUUUUAGGAAUAUUUUUCCUAUAAUUACUGAAUGCCCUUUCCUAACUUUUACUAUAUGUGACUACUUAAAUGUACCGUUACAAUGUUUUUAUUGAUCAUUUUAUUGUGUUCAACUGUCAAAACAAUAGAAACUUAAUAAGCUCCUCAUAUUAUUCCAGACUACUAGAGAUAAUUUUUAAGAGGGAAGUAGAAUUUAUAAUAUCACCUUAUUUAUGAGCAAUAUUUUAAUAUGAAAUUUUAUAUAUAAAGUGGUAUUUUUCCAUUCUCUUUAUACAUGUGUAUUGGAUGACUCAGUAUUUACACUUUUAUGUGUGAAUAUGUUCACCCACAUUUCAGAUCACUGCACUUUAUUCUCUGAAUACAGUGUUUCUAUAACUGUUAUCUUUCUUUCCAAAGAUAAAUGUAUUUUGGAUAGUAUUUGUGGUAGACAUCUACCUAGUUGAGUUGUUUUAACUUCUAAUGAUAUAAUAAAGGAAAAUUAAUGACUUUUUAAAGAAAGUAUACAAGCUAUAUUAGUUUUCUGACAAAAGCAGUUCUGAAUGAGUUUAAGAAGAAAAUACUAUCUUAGUUUUGUAUGUCAGUCUCCACAAAAGUGCAAGCCCCUCUCCCUCAUUCGUAGACUUCCCAUGACUUUAAUAUGUUAGACUUUGGACAAAGUAAAUUCAAGUCCAAUAUAACUUCUCUCUUCAAAUUGCAAUUGUGAUCCUGUUUGUGAAAAAAAAUUAAAAUUACUCUGCGUACCACUUGACAAAAUGUUUCAAAAGUCCAUAAGCUAUCCAAAUUCUGUUAUCGACAGUGAAAUUAAUUCUCAGAAAAAGCUUUGUAAGGUAUAUUUCUAAACUUAAAAAUGUAAAAGAAAAGAAGAUUGUUUGACAAAAGAAAAGCAGAACUUCUAAUUCAAUAAAAUAAGCCCAUGUGUUAAAAGGAUGAUGCUAUAAGCUACUUGGGUUCCAGAUUCUUAACUAAUUAUCUCAAGAAGCUAGGUAAGUUUUAAUGAUGUAAAUUGUUUUUAGCAGGUGCUUAGAAUGUAUUUUUGUAAUAGAUUACUUGCUUAAAAGAAUCUACAGACAAACCCAUUAACUUGGCAGCUUCACGCAUAAAGCUAUAAAUGAUUUCUGCCUUAAAGUUGGCAGUCUGUCCUGGUUAGGGUUAGAUUUUAAUAUUAAACAGAAACAGUAUUUGACUGAGAAAAGAUGUGCUUUGCUGUAGUUGAAAGCACGUUUUUCUAAUGCUUAGAUGUAUUAAAUUGGCCUGUGGAUGGGUAUUAGUUGAUAUUCCACUGCUUGUGUUUUUGUUUUUCCUUGAACUAAAACUUAACUCUCAAGCUUUUGAGUCAUCCAACAUGAAUUUAAAAUAUAAAGAGUGGACAGGAAAGUGUUGCCUUUAGUUUUGAUAAGCUUUAAAAUGAAUGUGUGCAAUAUGGAAGUGUCCAAAUUUACAAGUUGGAUAGGCAUGUCUUGAUGAUGCCGUUAAGUGUUCAGUGCUUAGUUGUUAUGGUUACGUUCUCAAGUUUGACUUCACUCUUUCUUGGCAUAACUCAUUAAGAAUGUCAGAAGCAGUGUGUUGUACACAUUUGGGCUUCUGUUUAGAUGACUUACAGACAGUCUUCAGAAGUCCAGGAUGUGUGGCAUUUGACACAGUAGUAGUUAGUGUAUUCCGUGAUAUGAACCAUAUGGUGCAGUCCUAACAGAGUGUUAUCCAAAGAAAAUGUUUGCUUAUCUCUUUAAAAAGCUUUUGGGCAAACAUGUAGUUUUACUGCGUUUAGUUUAAUUGAGUGGGAUUGUACCAUGUACCAAGGUGUUAACUGGGGACUCUUGAUUUAUUCCAUUUAGAUCUUUCUACUGAAACUUCAGAGAGUAACGGUGCUCGGUCCUGAUGCUGUGGUGCUGGUGGUCACACUAGGACUUACAUGAAUUUUUAGAAAAAAACUUCUUGAAGUAUUUUGCAUGAUUUAUCCAGAUAUUCAUUAAAUAUAUUUUGGGAGGGGGUAGUUUGGGGAGUUUUUUUGUUUUUUGUUUUUCUUUUUUUUUUUGAGACAGAGUCUCGCUGUGUAGCCCUGACUAGCCUGGAAUUCUCUUUGUAGACUAGGUUGGCCUUGUUUUUGUAGCGAUUCUCCUGCCUCAAGAGGAGAUUGAAUGCUGAGGUUAAGUGUGUGAACCACCACACCUGGCUUCAUGUGUUCUCUUGAUCGAAUAUGCGAUUAUUGGAUAUGCAAAGGGUCAGGGACAGAGUUGAGUUCUAACUUAAAGAACUAUGAACGACCACAAAUACUGGUUUAUGUAUUUGGCUCUUUCUAAACAGUUGUCAGUAUGUUUUGAGAAAGUUCAGAAGAAAAUAUCAUGCAUGAUUUCACUUUCAAAGAUAACAAAAGACAGACUGAUAAUAAGCCAUUACUAACAUUUCAGAGCAUCUGUGAUUGACGGGAAUGAAAUAAACAUUUUUUUCACAUUUUUUGUGUAAACUAGAGAAAUAUUUUUAAAAAAUCAGAACUCACUGGAGGUGGUGUCUCACGCCUUUAAUCCCAGCACUGGGGAGGCAGA